GUACGUAGUGCUUGCUUGCCGUGAGCUCACACAGCCAUGGCUAAGAAACUUUCUAUUCUACUCAUAGCCACUUUCCUCUCUUUACUUCUCGUGGCCAACCAUGCUGUGGCCAACAAAGAAGUCGAGGCCACCAAAGAAGUCGAGGCCAACAAUGCUGAGGCCAAAAUCGAACUUGUGACCAACAAUCCUGAGGCCAUCAAUGAAAACGAACAGAGACAUAGGCAAACACGCCUGAGAGAAGCUCGCCAGUGCCGUCUCCAGAGUAUCUCAGCGAGUCAACCCAGCCGAAGCAUUCAGUCAGAGGGAGGCGUGACCGAGUUCUGGGACGAGUUUGAGGACCAGUUCCAAUGCACCGGUGUUGCAGCCAUGAGAAAUACCAUUCAACCUAACUCUCUCUCUUUGCCCAAUUACUCUCCCUCACCACGCCUCGUCUACAUUGAACAAGGUCGAGGGUUGCUAGGAAUAACCUUCCCAGGCUGCCCAGAUACAUACCACUCAUCAAGAGGAGGACAGUCUGAAAGGGGCUCAGAGGAUAGAAGCGAAGAACAUGAAGGAAGGAGGAGGAGGAGUGACCAACACCAGAAGGUACAUCGUGUACGCCGAGGACACCUGGUUGCAAUUCCAGCUGGCGUAGCCCAUUGGUGCCUCAACGAUGGAAACGAAGAGCUCGUCGCUGUCUCCGUCUCCGACCUUAACAACCAAGCCAACCAGCUCGAUCAGAAACUAAGGUCGUACUACCUCGCCGGGGGGCGAAAUCAUGAAUCACAGAGAGGGCCACAAAGAAGGCAGCAACAAGGUGAGACCUACCAGAAUAUAUUCAGAGCCUUUGAUGAGAACUUAAUGGCAGAGGCCCUCAACGUUCCUGUGGAGACAGUGAGGAAGAUGCAGAGGGAAGACAAGAGAGGUUAUAUCGUUAGGGUACGAGAAGAUAUGAGCGUAAUCCGACCCGAUGAAUACAAAGAAGAUGAUGAGAGAGAAGAAAGUAGAGAGGGUGGUCACAGAUACGGACAACGAGAAGGAAGGUCAAAUGGACUUGAAGAGACCGUGUGCACCGCAAGGAUCCACCAUUACAUGGACAACCCCAGAGAAGCUGAUGUCUACUCUAGACACGCCGGCCGCCUCAAUCUCGUUAACAAGCUCAAGCUCCCCAUCCUCUCUUACUUGGACUUGAGCGCCGAGAAAGGCAAACUUCUUCCGAAUGCCAUACACGCACCGCACUGGACGAUGAACGCACACAGCAUAGUGUACGUGACGCGAGGAGAGGCGCACGUGGAGGUGGUUGGGAACAACGGAGAGAGGUUGUUGGACGAUAAGGUGAGACAAGGAGACAUAUUCAACGUUCCACAGUACUUCGCUUCGACAGCUAGGGCAGGGAGGAACGGGUUUGAGUGGGUAGCCUUCAAGACCUCAGCCAUGCCCAUUAAGAACUCACUUGUAGGAUCCACUUCGGUGUUCAGGGCAAUGCCAGCCCAAGUCCUUGCAGAGUCUUAUGGGCUCAGAAUCCAGGAAGCCCACAACCUCAAGUUCGGCAGGGAGCAGCACACUGUGCUUCUGCCUCCAAGCAGGAGUUCCUCUAACUAAGGCAUCUAUUAC